GUCGGUUCCCCCAGUCACCGAGCGAGAGGGAAGAAACAAGAUGGCGGCUGAAGGCGAUCCGGAGUGGGCCCCCAGCAAUUCGGAUUGAGCCUUCUCCCUCCACCCGCUUCCGCCGGCCGGGCCCCUCCCGCCCGGCCCCGCGGGCCUCCCCACCCGGCCCCGGCGCACCCCCCCGCCGCCCCUCAGCCCGCCCCUCCCCCCUCCGCUUUCCCUUCUCCCCCCCCCCCCCCCCCGCCCGCCUCGGCUCCAACAUGAGGGGCCGGCGGGGCAGGCCGCCCAAGCAGCCCGCGGCUCCCGCUGCGGAGCGCUGCGCCCCGGCCCCGCCGCCGCCGCCGCCGCCGCCGCCCACGUCCGGACCCAUCGGGGGGCUCCGCUCGCGGCACCGCGGCAGCAGCCGGGGCAGGUGGGCCGCCGCCCAGGCUGAGGUGGCGCCCAAGACGCGGCUGAGCUCGCCCAGGGGGGGCAGCAGUAGCCGGAGGAAGCCGCCGCCGCCGCCGCCGCCGCCGCCGGCCCCCCCCAGCACCAGCGCCCCGGGCCGGGGGGGGCGAGGAGGCGGGGGCGGCAGGACGGGGGGCGGGGGCGGCGGCGGCCACCUGGCCCGGACCACCCCGGCCCGGAGGGCCGUCAACAAAGUGGUGUACGAUGACCACGAGAGCGAGGAGGAGGAGGAGGAGGAGGACAUGGUCUCCGAGGAGGAGGAGGAGGAGGACGGCGACGCCGAGGAGACCCAGGAUUCCGAGGACGACGAGGAGGAUGAGAUGGAAGAGGACGACGAUGACUCCGAUUAUCCGGAGGAGAUGGAAGACGACGACGACGACGACGCCAGCUACUGCACGGAAAGCAGCUUCAGGAGCCAUAGCACCUAUAGCAGCACUCCAGGUAGGCGAAAACCGAGAGUGCAUCGGCCUCGUUCUCCAAUAUUGGAAGAAAAAGACAUCCCGCCCCUUGAAUUUCCCAAGUCCUCUGAGGAUUUAAUGGUGCCUAACGAGCAUAUAAUGAAUGUUAUUGCCAUUUAUGAGGUACUGCGGAACUUUGGCACAGUUUUAAGGUUAUCUCCUUUUCGCUUUGAGGAUUUUUGUGCAGCUCUGGUGAGUCAAGAGCAGUGCACACUUAUGGCAGAGAUGCACGUUGUGCUUUUGAAAGCAGUUUUGCGUGAAGAAGACACUUCCAAUACUACCUUUGGACCUGCCGAUCUGAAAGACAGCGUGAAUUCCACGCUGUAUUUCAUUGAUGGCAUGACGUGGCCAGAGGUGCUGCGGGUGUACUGUGAGAGUGACAGGGAGUACCAUCACGUUCUUCCUUACCAAGAAGCAGAGGACUAUCCUUAUGGACCAGUAGAGAACAAAAUCAAAGUUCUGCAGUUCUUAGUCGAUCAGUUUCUUACCACAAACAUUGCUCGUGAGGAGUUGAUGUCUGAAGGGGUGAUCCAGUAUGACGACCACUGUAGGGUUUGUCACAAACUCGGGGAUUUGCUCUGCUGUGAGACCUGCUCAGCAGUGUACCAUUUGGAAUGUGUGAAGCCGCCUCUCGAGGAGGUGCCAGAGGAUGAGUGGCAGUGUGAAGUCUGUGUAGCACAUAAGGUGCCUGGUGUGACUGACUGUGUUGCUGAAAUCCAAAAAAACAAACCAUAUAUUCGACAUGAACCUAUUGGAUAUGACAGAAGUCGGAGGAAAUACUGGUUCUUAAACCGAAGACUCAUAAUAGAAGAAGAUACAGAAAAUGAAAAUGAAAAGAAAAUUUGGUACUACAGCACAAAGGUCCAGCUUGCAGAAUUAAUUGACUGUCUAGACAAAGAUUACUGGGAAGCAGAACUCUGCAAAAUUCUAGAAGAAAUGCGUGAAGAAAUCCACCGGCACAUGGACAUAACUGAAGACCUGACCAAUAAGGCUCGGGGCAGUAACAAAUCCUUUCUGGCGGCAGCUAAUGAAGAAAUUUUGGAAUCUAUAAGAGCCAAAAAAGGAGACAUUGAUAUUGUUAAAAGCCCAGAAGAAAUAGAAAAGGACAAGAAUGAGACUGAGAGUAAUAACUCCAAAGAUGCUGAGAAAAGCAGAGAGGAGUUUGAAGACCAGACUCUUGAAAAAGACACUGAUGACAAAACAGCAGAUGACCUCGACCCUGAGCAAGGAAGAUCUGAGGAGCCAGCAGAAGUUGGGGAUAAAGGUAACUCUGUGUCAGCAAAUCUUGGCGACAACACAACAAAUGCUUCUUCAGAAGAGACUAGUCCCCCUGAAGGGAGGAGUCCCAUGGGGUGUCUCUCAGAAACCCACGAUAGCAGCAACAUGGCAGAGACGAAGGUGGCAUCUGAGCUCCCCCAGGAUGUGCCAGAAGAACCUAACAAGACAUGUGACAGCAGUAACACUAGUGCUACCACUACCUCCAUCCAGCCUAAUCUGGAAAACAGUAACAGCAGCAGUGAACUAAAUUCUUCCCAGAGUGAAUCUGCUAAGGCAGCUGAUGAUCCUGAAAAUGGAGAAAGAGAAUCUCACACACCUGUCUCUGUUCAAGAAGAGAUAGGUGAUUUCAAAUCAGAGAAAUCUAAUGGGGAAAUAAGUGAGUCUCCUGGAGGUGGAAAAGGAGCAUCUGGUUCAACUCGGAUUAUCACCAGAUUACGGAAUCCAGACAGCAAACUGAGUCAGCUGAAGAGCCAACAGGUGGCAGCCGCAGCCCAUGAAGCAAAUAAAUUAUUUAAGGAGGGGAAAGAGGUACUGGUAGUUAACUCUCAAGGAGAAAUUUCACGGUUGAGCACCAAAAAGGAAGUGGUCAUGAAGGGAAAUAUCAACAAUUAUUUUAAGUUGGGUCAAGAGGGAAAGUAUCGCGUCUACCACAAUCAGUACUCCACCAAUUCAUUUGCUUUGAAUAAGCACCAGCACAGAGAAGACCAUGAUAAGAGAAGGCAUCUUGCACAUAAAUUCUGUCUGACUCCAGCUGGAGAGUUCAAAUGGAAUGGUUCUGUCCAUGGGUCCAGAGUUCUUACCAUAUCUACUCUGAGGCUGACUAUCACCCAGCUGGAAAACAGUAUCCCUUCCUCCUUUCUUCAUCCCAAUUGGGCUUCACACAGGGCAAAUUGGAUCAAGGCUGUUCAGAUGUGCAGCAAACCCAGAGAAUUUGCGUUGGCUUUAGCUAUUUUGGAGUGUGCAGUUAAACCAGUUGUGAUGCUACCAAUAUGGCGGGAAUCUUUAGGACAUACCAGGUUACAUAGAAUGACAUCAAUUGAAAGAGAAGAAAAGGAGAAAGUCAAAAAAAAAGAGAAAAAACAAGAAGAGGAAGAAACAAUGCAACAAGCUACAUGGGUAAAAUAUACAUUUCCAGUUAAACAUCAGGUUUGGAAACAAAAAGGAGAGGAAUACAGAGUAACAGGAUAUGGUGGUUGGAGCUGGAUUAGUAAAACUCAUGUUUAUAGGUUUGUUCCUAAAUUGCCAGGCAAUACUAAUGUGAAUUACAGGAAAUCAUUAGAAGAAUCUAAAAGUAAUAUGGAUGAAAAUAUGGAUGAAUCAGAUAGAAGAAAAAGUCCACGAAGUCCAAAAAAAAUAAAAACAGAGUCUGAUUCCGAGAAGGGCGAGGUAAAAGAUUCAGAUGCUGCAAAAGGAACAGACCAAAGCGAAAUGGACAUUUCAAAGGUUACUGAGAAGAAGGACCAAGAUGCAAAAGAAGUUUUAGAUUCUGACAAUGAUAAAUCCUUUAAGGAAGAACCGAUGGAAAUAGAUGAUGAUGUGAAAACAGAGUCACAUAUAAAUUGUCAGGAAAGUUCUCAAGUAGAUGUGGUCAAUGUCAGUGAGGGUUUUCAUCUAAGGACUAGUUAUAAAAAGAAAAUCAAAUCAUCCAAAUUAGAUGGACUUCUUGAAAGGAGAAUUAAACAGUUUACACUGGAAGAGAAACAACGCCACGAAAAAAUGAAGUUGGAGGGUGGAAUUAAGGGCAUAGGAAAGCCUUCUGCAGGUUCUUUGAAAAGUCUGUCUGAAUCACCAGUAAUAACAAAAGUAAAAGAAGGGUGUCAGAGUGACUUGCUUACACAAGAACAGAGCUCUAAUGCAAGUAAUGAUAAAUCCACAGAUUUGAUUCGAGGGUGUUCACAAAGUGAUUCUUCAAUUCUUGGAGUCAGUGAUCCUGAUCUUACAACAAACAAACUUUAUUCAAAAGAUGACAUGUUAGACGACGUCUCCAUUCAGAGCGCAGAGACAAAUUGUCAGAAACAAAACUCUGUUCGAAAUGACGUAGAUGAGAGUCUCGCUGACCCGGCCAGUAAAGGCAAGGAACCCAAUAAGAUUAAAACAAAAGGAAGUGAUUUUCUCAUUGAUGACGCUAAGCUAGCCAGUGCAGGUGAAAUUGGUACUUUGAUCUAUAAGAACAAAAAGCCACUCAUAGAAGAUGAUGACACCAUUGUGUCUCCUUCCCAGAGCCCUUCACUUCCAUCUGUACCUAAAAGUACUGAUGAUAGAGAUAUCCCAUCUCUAUCAAAAGCAAUAGAUUUUGAAGGAAAACUGGGAUGUGACUCUGAAUAUAAUAGCACUUUGGAAAAUAGUUCUGAUACAAUGUCUAUUCAGGACAGCAGUGAAGAAGAUAUGGUUGUUCAGAAUAGCAGUGAAAGUAUUUCUGAACAGUUAAUAACUCAAGAACAAGGUAGUGAAGGCUUAGAACCAUUGAAACAUGAGUUUGUUUCUGAUAAGACCACUGGAAACUGUGACGACAGGCUGCAGGGUAAGGUAAAUGAAGCAAAUGGUAAAAAACCAAAUCAAGAUCAGAAAUUAGAGGAGAGACCACUUAAUAAAUGUAUCGAUCAAAUCAAUCUGAAAAGUGUUGCUGACAAAAAGAAUAAUGAAAACCGAGAGUCUGAAAAGAAGGGACAGAAAGCAAGUACCUUUCAAAUAAAUGGAAAAGAUAAUAAACCUAAAGUAUAUUUGAAAGGUGAAUGCUUGAAAGACAUCUCUGAGAGUAAAGUAGGAAGUGGUGAUAUUGAACCAAAGGUUAAUAAUAUAAAUAAAAUAAUUCCUGAAAAUGAUAUUAAGUCUUUGACUGUUAAAGAAUCUGCUGUAAAGCCAUUCAUGAAUGGUGAUGUCAUCAUGGAAGAUUUUAAUGAGAAAAACAAGUUGGAAACAAAAUCAGGUUUACUGAGGUCUUCGGAUCCUGAAGGCGACUACCAAGAUAGCCUAGAGACCCUGCCGUCGACCAGAGAGUCUGAGGGUGCCCGAGCUAUGACGCCUCUGCCAUCUUGUCCAGAAAACAGUUCAACCAAUCAGGUAGAAGAUAUGGAAAUUGAAACCUCCGAAGUUAAGAAAGUUGCUUCGUCCCCUAUUACUUCUGGAGAGGAAUCUAACCUCAGUAAUGAUUUUAUUGAUGAGAAUGGCCUGCCCACCAACAAAGAUGAAAAUAUCAAUGGAGAGUCUAAAAGAAAAACAGUCAUCACAGAAGUCACCACCAUGACGUCCACAGUAGCCACAGAAUCAAAAACCGUAAUUAAAGUAGCGAAAGGCGAUAAGCAGACUGUGGUCUCUUCCACAGAAAAUUGUGCCAAGUCCACUGUCACAACCACCACUACAACAGUGACAAAGCUUUCCACGCCCGCCACAGGCAGCAGUGUGGACAUCAUCUCUGUGAAGGAGCAGAGCAAAACUGUGGUCACCACGACAGUGACAGACUCACUGACCACCGCAGGAGGCACUCUGGUAACAUCUAUGACGGUGAGCAAAGAAUAUUCCACAAGAGACAAAGUGAAACUCAUGAAGUUUUCAAGACCCAAGAAGACUCGCUCAGGUACAGCCCUGCCAUCGUACAGAAAGUUUAUCACCAAGAGCAGCAAGAAGAGUAUAUUCGUUUUGCCCAAUGAUGACCUAAAAAAAUUGGCCAGAAAAGGAGGAAUCCGAGAAGUCCCUUAUUUUAAUUACAAUGCAAAACCUGCCUUGGAUAUAUGGCCAUAUCCUUCUCCUAGACCAACCUUUGGUAUCACUUGGAGGUACAGACUUCAGACCGUGAAGUCCUUAGCUGGCGUGAGUCUGAUGUUGCGGUUACUGUGGGCAAGUCUGAGAUGGGAUGACAUGGCAGCCAAGGCUCCUCCAGGAGGAGGGACUACACGGACAGAAACAUCUGAAACUGAAAUCACCACAACAGAAAUUAUUAAGAGGCGAGAUGUUGGUCCUUACGGCAUUCGAUCUGAAUACUGUAUCAGGAAAAUAAUUUGUCCCAUUGGAGUUCCAGAAGCACCAAAAGAAACACCUACACCUCAGAGGAAAGGCCUUCGAUCGAGUGCAUUGCGGCCAAAGAGACCAGAAACGCCCAAGCAAACUGGCCCUGUUAUUAUUGAAACCUGGGUAGCAGAGGAAGAGUUGGAAUUAUGGGAGAUCAGGGCGUUUGCUGAGAGAGUGGAAAAGGAAAAGGCACAAGCAGUUGAGCAGCAGGCUAAGGUUAGUGAACAGAAGAAGGCAGAGGACUUCAAGGCCCAAAUGGAGGCUCACCUCAAACAGCAGCGAUUGGCUGCUCAGCAGAAACGAUUGGAACAGCAGAAGCCUACAGUAAUUGCAGCUUCCACUACUUCCCCAACAAACAGUACAACUAGUACCAUCUCUCCAGCACAGAAAGUUAUGGUGGCCCCCAUAAGUGGCUCAGUUACAACUGGGACUAAAAUGGUACUAACUACUAAAGUUGGAUCUCCAGCUACAGUAACAUUCCAGCAGAACAAGAACUUUCACCAGACCUUUGCUACCUGGGUUAAGCAAGGCCAGUCAAAUUCAGGCGUUGUUCAAGUACAGCAGAAAGUCCUGGGUAUCAUUCCAUCGAGUACAGGUACAAGUCAGCAAACCUUUACUUCAUUCCAGCCCAGGACAGCAACAGUCACCAUUAGGCCCAAUACCUCAGGCUCUGGAGGAACCACAAGCACGUCCCAAGUAAUCACAGGGCCUCAGAUCCGCCCUGGUAUGACGGUGAUUAGAACACCACUCCAACAGUCAACACUAGGAAAGGCAAUUAUUCGAACACCUGUGAUGGUACAGCCAGGUACUCCUCAGCAGGUGGUGACGCAGAUCAUCAGAGGGCAGCCUGUUUCCACUGCGAUCUCUGCCCCUAGUACAGUUUCCUCAACACCUGCGCAGAAAGCGUUAACUUCAGGAACACCCACUACAAAUCUGCAGUCUUCAGCCUCACAGCCCCCUCGCCCCCAGCAAGGACAGGUGAAGCUUACCAUGGCUCAACUCACCCAGUUAACACAAGGCCACGGUGGCAAUCAAGGUUUGACAGUAGUGAUUCAAGGACAAGGUCAAACUACUGGACAAUUGCAAUUGAUACCUCAAGGGGUAACUAUACUUCCCGGUCCAGGACAGCAGCUGAUGCAAGCUGCGAUGCCAAAUGGUACCGUUCAGCGGUUCCUCUUCACCCCAUUGGCAACAACAGCCACGACAACCAGCACCACCACCACCACUGUUUCCACUACAGCAGCAGGUACAAGUGAACAAAGACAGAGUAAAUUAUCACCCCCGACACAGGUGCAGCCAGCCAAAAGCCUGCCUCCAGCUCAGCCGUCGAGCGUGAGUCCUCCAGAAGCCCAGCCUCAGACUGCUCAGCCCGCUCAGCCUUCAGCUCAGCCCCCGCCCCCAGCCCAGCCCCCAUCCCCAGCUCAGCCUGAAGCUCAGACCCAGCCUGAAGCUCAGACCCAAACAACUGUUGCCUCCCAUGUCCCUCCUGAAGCACAGCCCACCCAAGCACAGUCCUCCAAACCCCAAGUUGCAGGACAGUGUCAGCCUCAGAGUAAUGUCCAAGGACAGUCUCCUGCUCGCGUCCAGAGUCCACCACAGACUCGAAUACGUCCAUCAACUCCAUCCCAAGUGUCUCCUGGACAGCAGUCCCAGGGUCAGACUACAACCUCACAACCGAUUCCAAUUCAACCACAUACAUCUCUUCAGACACCUUCCCAGGGCCAGCCACAGUCACAACCCCAGGUACAGUCUUCAACUCAAACUCUUUCAUCAGGACAAACGUUAAGUCAAGUUACUGUUUCGUCCCCAUCCCGUCCUCCGCUCCAAGUACAGCAGCCUCAGCCCCAAGUCCUUGCUGUGCCGCAGCUGCAACAACAAGUCCAGGUUCUCUCCCAGAUCCAGUCGCAGGUUGUGGCUCAGAUACAGGCUCAGCAAGGUGGUGUGCCCCAGCAGAUCAAACUCCAGUUACCCGUUCAGAUUCAGCAAAGCAGCCCUGUGCAGACUCACCAGAUUCAGAAUGUGGUUACAGUGCAGGCAGCCAGUGUGCAAGAGCAGUUGCAAAGGGUUCAGCAACUCAGGGAUCAGCAGCAAAAGAAGAAACAGCAACAGAUAGAAAUUAAGCGGGAACACACCCUCCAAGCUUCUAAUCAAAGUGAAAUCAUUCAGAAACAGGUGGUGAUGAAGCAUAAUGCUGUAAUAGAACAUUUAAAACAGAAAAAGACCAUGACUCCAGCUGAAAGAGAAGAGAAUCAAAGAAUGAUUGUCUGUAACCAGGUGAUGAAGUAUAUUCUGGAUAAGAUAGAUAAAGAAGAAAAACAGGCAGCAAAAAAACGGAAGCGAGAAGAGAGCGUGGAACAGAAACGUAGCAAGCAGAAUGCCAGCAAGCUCUCUGCACUGCUCUUCAAACACAAAGAGCAACUCAAAGCCGAAAUCCUGAAAAAGAGAGCACUGCUGGACAAAGAUCUGCAAAUUGAAGUGCAGGAAGAGCUCAAGAGGGACCUGAAAAUUAAGAAGGAAAAAGACAUGAUGCAGGCCACAGCAGUAGCUGCCACCUCCCCUGCGGCUCCUCCCGCACCGCCAGCCCCUCCGCCUUCGCCUCCGCCUCCGCCUCCCCCUCAGCACUCAGGCCCCCUGGCCACGGCCACGGCCACGGCCACACUGCCUGUGGCUUCGCAGAAAAGGAAGCGAGAAGAGGAAAGAGACUCAAGCUCCAAGUCCAAGAAGAAGAAAAUGAUCUCUACUACCUCAAAGGAAACUAAGAAGGACACAAAGCUUUACUGUAUCUGUAAAACGCCUUAUGAUGAAUCUAAGUUCUAUAUUGGCUGUGAUCUUUGUACUAACUGGUAUCAUGGAGAAUGUGUUGGCAUCACAGAAAAGGAGGCUAAGAAAAUGGAUGUGUACAUCUGUAAUGAUUGUAAACGGGCACAAGAGGGCAACAGUGAGGAAUUGUACUGUAUCUGCAGAACACCUUAUGAUGAGUCACAAUUUUAUAUUGGCUGUGAUCGGUGUCAGAAUUGGUACCAUGGGCGCUGCGUUGGCAUCUUGCAAAGUGAGGCAGAGCUCAUUGACGAGUAUGUCUGUCCACAGUGCCAGUCGACAGAGGAUGCCAUGACAGUGCUCACGCCGCUCACGGAGAAAGAUUAUGAGGGUUUGAAGAGGGUGCUGCGUUCUUUACAGGCCCAUAAGAUGGCCUGGCCUUUCCUUGAACCAGUGGAUCCUAACGAUGCCCCAGACUAUUACGGCGUUAUUAAGGAACCUAUGGACCUUGCCACCAUGGAAGAAAGAGUACAAAGAAGAUAUUAUGAAAAGCUAACGGAAUUUGUAGCAGAUAUGACCAAAAUUUUUGAUAAUUGUCGUUACUACAAUCCAAGUGACUCCCCUUUUUACCAGUGUGCAGAAGUUCUUGAAUCGUUCUUUGUACAGAAAUUGAAAGGAUUCAAGGCUAGCAGGUCUCAUAACAACAAACUGCAGUCUACAGCUUCUUAAAGUUCAGCGUGUUAACCUAACAUAAAACACAGCAAGAAUCUGGUUGUCUGAACUAUUUUAAAUUAAGGAGCCAGAUGUUUUUAGUCAGGUUAUCCUGACAAGACUUGACCUAAACUUCGUUUUUAUUGGUCAUAACAGUCCAAUUAUAUUCUUGGCCAAUUUUGUCCAACGGACAAGGGAAAAGCAAAGUCAACGACACCAUUAUCUUGUCAAGAUCAAAUGGUUUUACUAUUGUGGCAGAAGCGGGAAAACUUUGUUUAUUGAAAAAAAAAAAAGCAAGCAAGAAAAAAGCUAAUAUGGGGUCAAGUGUAACUCCAUGGAAAUGCCACGUCUGCUCUUCAGUGAAGAAGCUGGUUUAGAGUCACAGAAAACUUUCAACUGUAUUUAUUUAUUGUUGCAAAAAAGACGCUUUUUUAUUGCUGCCCUCAUUUGUCAGCUAAUUAUUUUUUCUUAUAAAAUCCAGCCCUGAUUACAUGUAAUCCAUUCUGUAUCUUAUCAUGAUUCCUGUAGGUAAAAGUACAAGACGACCUCUAGAUGUCUUUUCUUUCUAUGAAAGGAGCUGCUAUGUACACAUGUGCACACACACAACUGGGAAUCAACAAUGAGUUUAUUGUUCAUAGUAGAUAAAAAUUAAGCUUGCAUAAGGAUUGGGCUAAAGUGGUCCUGGACUACAGACUCUGUUGCCUUGAAUAUAACAGUACAAUUUGUCAUUUACUCUGCACCAGGCUAAAAUGAGUAAAAUCUAUUUGAAGGUAUCUUGUUUGUAAACAUUUGUCAGAUUCUAAUUUUUUUCUUUUUGUAUUAAAAUUCAACUAUGGAUGUAUAUGAAACAAAAUAAAUGGAGAUAAUUUUUCUCCCACAGAUGGUGUCUUUGAAUGUGCGCUAAUGAUUCUCUGUAAGCCUUUGAGGGGAAAGGGAGGGCUGCAAGGUAAAUAAAUGAAAGGCAGAAGGAUCUGAUUGUACCUGUUUCUCCAGGGUAGUAGUGGUCCUUCAUCUUACCAUUCCCAGCCCACUGUCAUCACGUCGGAGAAAAACAUUCAGGGGUGCUAAUUCUGUUGAACCAAUUGAUCAGACUAAUAAAAAGGGUAAUGUGACAAAGUACACAUUGCCUUCAUCUGUAAGUUACAUGAUACCAGGCAAAUUAUCAGUUACAGACCGCUCCUGAUAUUUUAUGAAGGGCAUUUUUUUAAAUGACUUCAUCCUUUUUAUAUUUGUUUGUUGGAUGAGUUGUUUUGGGUUUUUUUCUACGUAAGAAAAAGUAGUGUAAGCAGUAGGGGGAAAAGGUGGCAGCGGAGGAAGGCGUAUUUUGCAUGUUUUUCCUUUCACUGUUCUAAUCUUACACAUUGUAUUUCUACAUUGUAAUAAUAGCUUCUAUGAGACCUGCCAUAGUUGGUUUAUGCAGCUUUGCAAAAAUUUUACUAGAUUUUGCACUAAUUCGUAUUAGCUUUGUCCUACCAAGUUCUGGAAUUUAUCUAAUUAUUGUUUUUUAAAAGUUUCCUUCUGUUUAAUAUCGCCCUGCUAUGCAAAACCUUUCCCAGACAUUAGUUUCUUAAAAGAAAGAUGUUGCUACGGUUCCCGAUACUUUCUUAUUACAGGCUCAGGUGUACAGUUAUUCUGGGUUAAUUUUAUCUAAUGAAGCCCAUUCCUUUUUGUACAUAAAAAUGUCACUUAAACUUAUGCUUACAAACUAAAGAGACUAAUUGCUCAAUAUUAAAAACAUGGAAACAAAGUUUUUGCUUAAAAUAUUAACAUGGAAUAGUUAAAUAUAGUUUAUUUUGUCCUUUUACUUUUAAAAAAUGUUACAUGUUGUAUGCACUGUGCUGAUGCAAGAAUCCUACAUUUUAAUGAAUUAUAAAAAUAUUCUGCAUCUCAUCACGUCACAGUAUUUCUGUACUAUUUAUUCAUAUAUAUAUAGAUAUAGAUAUAUAUAUGGGCUUAAUCAUUUAAAACUUGUUGCAGCAAGAACUUUCCUACCUGUAGGCAAUAGAUUGCUAUGUUUUUAACAGAUUGUGGCAAAUUUAAACAGCAAUUCUUUUUGUACGUAAUAGGACAUUUCAUCCUAGAAAAAUAAAGUAAUGUUUUUGACAUUGGAUGUGGUGCAGUUUCUAAUGAAACAGUGGUUGGUUGGUUAAUAUAUUUUCUGUAGAUGUUGGCAUUGCCAAAGUGUACAAAAAAGGUAAAUUUUGUGGAAAUCCUCAGACCAGGAAGAUGUUAAUUUCAUGUGUAUUUAAUAGUAUAAAGCGUUUUACAAUUUCUAUCACCAUAUAACUACAUAGACAUUUUAUAGUUUUAUCAACUACAGAGCUUUAGUCUUUCAAAAGUAAUUUCUGGAAAAACAUGCAUUCUUAUAGUGUUUCAAAAGCUGCUUUUCUAUGAGUAUUUGACAAGCUUCUGCUACUCAAUAAAAUAUACAUAUUACAGCUAAUUUGCUUUCAAUAAUCCAGGUAGUAGAAUGCACAUUUGUUAUACUGUUAGGAUUUUUCUACCCAGUCUUUGGGCUUGUAUAUAUGUUUAAUUUGCAUCAACCAAUUUCCUUUGCUAAAAGUAUUUUCAAUGCUUGUUAUAUUUCAUCUGCCAAGUUCACAAUCCUUGAAACCAUUUCAUAAAAAGUAUUUUCAUAAUACUGGUAAGGCUUUUUUCUCCUACCCAAGUUCUGCAGGAUUUGUAUUUUAGUUAAUGUCCUGCAGUAGUUUUAAAAAAAAUUGUGAACUUUCAGAGAUAUUUUCUAAAGUAAAACAAUUACCUUUUUAUAUUUCAAGUGGCCUGGAGUGUUAUUAAGAGAUGCUGAGAUUUGCUGUUGUUUGUAAUCUACCUUCCUGGAAUCUGCAAAUAAAAGUUCUUUCCCUAUUUCUGUUCAUUCCUUAGGCAAACUCCCUGCAUCUUUGUGUGUUUCUGACCCUAAAGAGCCAGUGUGGGGACCUUUUAAAUCUUAGCCUCAUCACUGAGGCCAUUACUCAUAUAAGUGUCAGAUUUCUUGUCCUUAAAAUGAGAAUGGGGAUCUCUCAUGAGCAAAGUAGUGUCUUAUAAGUACUUGGGGGAAGGAUUUUUAAUAAACUGAAAUAUUCUGAAGUACUUCUGGAUGCUUGGAAUAAGACACUGAAAAAGACAUUUCCUAGAAGAUCACACCCCACUUGAUCCAGUUUGGACCAAAUUCAACUAAAGAAAUAAGUGCUAUGUUUUUU